AUGGAAUCCCACGCCCCAACGGCGGAGUCGUCUCACAAACGGCCGAGAUCUCCCACUGCCGAUCACGGCAUGUCGAAAAUGCUCAAGACGCACUCGAAUCACCUGCAAAUAAACUAUCUGGCACGGCAAUACCCGGACAACCUACCCCUCGUCUCCGUCGAUGAUACCAUGCCUGCGAUAAUCCACCUGCUCGGCGAAUACGACGGCGUUUUACAUCGCCACGAGAGCAUCGCCGGAAAUCUGGGCGCAUGCCCGCUCGGUCCAAUCUUGAUCAAACGAUUCGAGCGUCUAUUCGAUGGACCCCCGCAAGUGUUGAAAUCUCAUGGCAAAGACGGACCUACAGUGACUUGGCUCGAUGUGGUUGAAUUCGCGAAGAAUAAGCCUGAACAGUUCAAUCUGGAAAAGUCGCGCAACGGCGUGCGAGUCUGCCAGUUCUACACGAAACAGUGUCGUGUAGAAAUCAGCGAGGAGGAUUUCGUUUUGAUUGCGUCCGGUAUGCCCCAGAAGAUGAUCCCGCCCCAGCCUAUCAUUGAGGACGAGGAAAAGGAGCUGGGCGCGCUGGAGAUUCUUGAGAAGAACUUGCAUCAUAUCAUUCAAAUGGCCGAUCAAGUCUCUGCUCGAGCGCGACAGCUCAACCAUCGGUUGAAGAACCGCCGCAAUGCUAUUGUCACCCGACGAGAGAACGAUGCUUCUCUACAUAGGAAUUCUCGAAAUGUCACCGAAAUCUGGCGCGAUGCCAACGGUCAUGGCCCAGGAAACGGUCAUGCAUCGUCUCGCCCUUCCCCGUCUGGUUUCGUCGCUGUCAACACUCAUCGCCCUGAAGGCGAACACACCGAAGAGAACCAGAACCCUUUGUCAUCACAAUUCAUGUUCUCACAAUCCACCGAUAAUGUCACCAUGAUCAACGGACAAUCAAUCAAAGGUGCCUCCCCAACAACCCGGGCAGACUUGAUGAAGAGGUUUUUCACAACAGCUGACCGCCACGCCCGCGGCUAUGACGAUGCAACAGCCCCUGUCAACCCCCAACCUCUCCCCCGGCCUCGUGCCUCCGACCCAGCAGAUUACAGUCUCUACAAUCCCGUGACAACAACCGCAGUCCCAGCUGCAGCCGUAACCACACCCGCAACCACAACCUCAACCACGGCUGCAACCACAGCGGCAGUCGCGAUCCCAAGCACCCCAUCAUCCCUCCUCCCGCCGCCAAAAUCCAUUCACCAAGAGAAGGAUGAUGGAGGCCCCUUCAAGUUAGAAAUGAUAGCCCGCAUGGAGGAGCUUCAGCGUGGCGAGCGUGUGAUCCCACCCUGCGACCGUUGCCGCCGUCUCCACAUGGACUGCCUCAAGAACCUCACAGCCUGCGUUGGCUGCACGAAGAAACACGCAAAGUGCUCCUGGCGCGACGUCAAAGAAGAAGAAAUUACAGCAAUGCGGGCGGGAAUCACCACAUCGACGACAUCCCACGAGCGUCCCGACACCGACCGCUCCAGUGCAAACGUAACCCCGCCCCAGUUUGGUAUGGGUCCACUCCCCCCGAUCUCCGCUGAGCGUGAGCAUCCCCGAGAACCACCCUUCGAGCCAGAGAGGAAUGCCUACUACUAUCAAAACCGACGCGAGUCCGCCCCUUCCGCCCCAAACCUGGCUCCUGGGACUACAAAUCCGAUGGAGCUUCAUUCAAGUGACAAUUCCCCGCGACGGGCUGUGAGUGAGGCAGAGAGGAGGGACCGUCCUCGUGCCCCCGCUGGUCGUGUCUUGGAUCGUUCCGAGGAUGAGGACCCCGAUGCCAAUCAGCGGCUCAGACAGGCUAUUAUGGAUACUGUCGAUCAUCACACCCGUGUUGCUGCUGCUGUGCAGGAGAGAGAACGUGGUGUGGAGCGCGCUGGGGACCAUCAACAUCCAGUCAUUGUUCUUCCUGCUCCAAACCCGGCUCAGGGUUCUGGUGCCAGUGCUUAUGAGCGUGAGCGUGAACGAGAACGAGAACGAGAGCGUGACCAUGAUCGUGAGCGAGAGGCUGAUUGUGACCGUGACCGGCGCAUGGUGCAUGCGUAA